AUGCUCUCCACUCUGCGUGUGGCCAGCCGGUCGGCUGUCGCCCGCGAUGCGAACAUGCGCACCGUCGUCAUUGGUGCCAGACACGCCUCGGCCUGGUCCAACGUGCCUCAGGGUCCUCCUGAUGCCAUUCUCGGUAUCACCGAGGCUUUCAAGGCCGACUCCUUCAAGGAGAAGAUCAACCUGGGUGUCGGCGCUUACCGUGACGACAAGGGCAAGCCUUACGUCCUGCCUUCCGUCCGCGAGGCUGAGGACAAGGUCGUUGCUUCCCGCUUCGACAAGGAAUACGCCGGCAUCACCGGUGUCCCUGCCUUCACCAAGGCCGCUGCUGAGCUGGCCUACGGCGCCGACUCCUCCGCUCUGACCGAGGACCGCCUCGUCAUCACCCAGACCAUCUCUGGCACCGGUGCCCUGCGUAUCGGCGGUGCUUUCCUCCAGCGCUUCUACCCCCACGCGAAGAAGGUCUACCUUCCCAACCCUAGCUGGGCCAACCACAAUGCCGUCUUUAAGGACGCCGGCCUCGAGGUCGAGAAGUACCGCUACUACAACAAGGACACCAUUGGCCUGGACUUCGAGGGCCUGAUCGCCGAUAUCAAGGCCGCCCCCAACAACAGCAUCAUCCUGCUGCACGCUUGCGCUCACAACCCUACCGGUGUGGAUCCUACUCAGGAGCAGUGGCGCCAGAUCAGCGAUGUCAUGAAGGAGAAGGGCCACUUCGCCUUCUUCGACAUGGCCUACCAGGGCUUCGCCAGCGGCAACGCUGACCAGGAUGCCUUCGCUCCCCGCCACUUCGUCAAAGAGGGCCACAACAUUGCUCUUUGCCAGAGCUUCGCCAAGAACAUGGGUCUCUACGGCGAGCGUGUCGGUGCCUUCUCCCUUGUCUGCGAGAACACCGAGGAGAAGAAGCGCGUCGAGUCGCAGAUCAAGAUUCUGAUCCGCCCCUUCUACUCCAACCCACCCAUCCACGGUGCCCGCGUCGCCUCCACCAUCAUGAACGACCCUAAGCUGAACCAGCAGUGGCUCGGCGAGGUCAAGGGUAUGGCUGACCGCAUCAUUGAGAUGCGCUCCCUGCUCCGCAAGAACCUCGAGCAGCUCGGCAGCAAGCACGACUGGUCCCACAUCACCAGCCAGAUUGGCAUGUUCGCCUACACUGGCCUGACGCCUGAGCAGAUGGAUGUUCUUGCCAAGGAGCACUCCGUCUACGCUACCAAGGACGGCCGUAUCUCCGUGGCUGGUAUUACCUCCGGCAACGUCAAGCGUCUGGCCGAGUCCAUCUUCAAGAUCACUGGUUAA